AUUUAUUUUUUCAUCAUGAACAUAUUAAAUGUCACUACAGAAAACCGGGUGUAUGCUGGGGUCUUUGGCUGCAUCAUGGUGAUAGGUCUGCCUCUCAACGCUGCAGCACUGUGGAUUCUUCUUCGACACCACAGCCUCAAAUCACCUAACGCUGUUUUAAUGGUCAACCUGGCACUCUCAGACCUGCUGUUUGUAACCUCUUUACCCUUGAGGAUCUACUUUCACGCCACAGGCACCUGGCCUCUGAGCAAAAUGGCAUGCUUCUUCAGCACAAUGCUCUUUCGCAACAACCUCCGCUCCAGCGCCAUCUUCAUCACCUUCAUCAGCGUGGACCGCCUGCUGGCUGUGGUUUAUCCCCUGAGGUCACGCCAUCUUCGGACCUCGUCCAGUGCCUGGAAAGGAGCUGCAGUCGUCUGGCUAUUUGUGCUGGCACUGAAUGUUCCAGAGAGUUUGGACUUUCUAAAAAAUACCAACCACACUGGGUGUUUUAAUCAGAAUCCUAAAAGCAGUCAAGCUGUAGCAAUUACAUAUUUUGCAUUAAUAGUCAUAUUGCUGGUAGUUAACAUUGUGUGCACCAUUAUGGUGUCUUGGGCUCUACACAGACAUCUCAGUGGCUCUGCAAAGGUCAACAACAAAGUGAAUGUAAUGCUGAUUUUUGUUAUGAACUUGGUUUUGUUCGCCAUCUGUUUCUUACCUUUGUCAGUAGCUGUAGUUACAGUUCAACCUCCUGAUUUUAAGCCAUUGGUAUGUCUUACUGCUGUGAACUGCUGUCUGGAUCCGCUCUUGUAUUACUUUUCUUUUGAUGGCUUCUGGAAGAAAAAAGAAGAUGCGGAUCCGUCAAGAGAACUGUAGCUGUGAGACACUUUCUGUGAGUGUGCAUCAGAAUUCCUGUCAUAUUUUGUGGUUUUC